AGCCAAGUGUCCAGCCAGAGUGUGCCAGGGAGGAGCACAGACCACCACGCUGCUCCCAGUCCACAGCAGAACUGACAGCCCAUGGAGCCUCGGCCUCUCCUCCUGUUCCUUGGCCUCUGCUCAGCUGGUCUUGUCCUGGGCUCCGAACAUGAGACCCGUCUGUUGGCAAUGCUAUUUAAAAACUAUAGCAGCGUGGUCCGGCCAGUGGAGGACCACCACCAGGCUGUGGAGGUCACCGUGGGCCUGCAGCUGAUACAGCUCAUCAAUGUGGAUGAAGUAAAUCAGAUUGUGACAACCAAUGUUCGUCUGAAGCAGCAAUGGGUGGAUUACAACCUAAAAUGGAAUCCAGAUGACUAUGGCGGUGUGAAAAAAAUUCACAUUCCCUCUGAAAAGAUCUGGCGGCCGGACUUUGUUCUCUAUAACAAUGCAGAUGGCGACUUUGCUAUUGUCAAGUUCACAAAAGUGCUCCUGGACUACACGGGCCACAUCACAUGGACACCUCCAGCCAUCUUCAAAAGCUACUGUGAGAUCAUUGUCACUCACUUUCCCUUUGAUGAGCAGAACUGCAGCAUGAAGCUGGGCACCUGGACCUAUGAUGGCUCUGUGGUGGUAAUCAACCCGGAAAGUGACCAGCCAGACCUGAGCAACUUCAUGGAGAGCGGGGAAUGGGUGAUCAAGGAGGCCCGGGGCUGGAAGCACUGGGUAUUCUAUACCUGCUGCCCCAGCACCCCCUACCUGGACAUCACCUACCACUUCGUCAUGCAGCGCCUGCCUCUUUACUUCAUCGUCAACGUCAUCAUCCCCUGCCUGCUCUUCUCUUUCUUAACCAGCCUGGUGUUCUACCUGCCCACAGACUCAGGAGAGAAAAUGACGCUGAGCAUCUCUGUCUUACUGUCCUUGACUGUGUUCCUUCUGGUCAUUGUGGAGCUGAUCCCUUCCACCUCCAGUGCCGUGCCCUUGAUUGGAAAAUACAUGUUGUUCACCAUGGUGUUCGUCAUCGCAUCCAUCAUUAUCACCGUCAUUGUCAUCAACACACACCACCGCUCUCCCAGCACCCACGUGAUGCCCGAGUGGGUGCGGAAGGUUUUUAUCGACACUAUCCCAAAUAUUAUGUUUUUCUCCACAAUGAAAAGACCAUCCAGAGAUAAACAAGACAAAAAGAUUUUUACAGAAGAUAUUGAUAUUUCUGACAUUUCUGGGAAACCAGGGCCUCCACCCAUGGGCUUCCACUCUCCCCUGAUCAAACAUCCCGAGGUGAAAAGUGCCAUUGAGGGCGUCAAGUACAUCGCAGAGACCAUGAAGUCAGACCAGGAGUCCAAUAACGCGUCUGAAGAGUGGAAGUAUGUUGCAAUGGUGAUGGACCACAUUCUCCUCGGAGUCUUCAUGCUUGUCUGUCUCAUCGGCACUCUGGCUGUGUUUGCAGGUCGGCUCAUUGAAUUAAACCAGCAAGGAUGAGAAGUUACGUUGAGCCUAGCUCUGCCCCAGGACCUGCCAGAGCAGAAUAAAAUGAGAAAAAGUAGGAUUUGUAUACUUAGAUAUAUUCUCUCUUAUCAAACAUGAAGUUUUCUGCACUUAUUAUUAAU